AUGGGAACUAAAAAGGGCUCCGUUCUUCCCUAUCGCAGGGGUUCUGGGUCCUCCGAAGCGGACUUCUUCGACAUCCCCGACGAGCCAUGCCUUGCCAUCGUGAAACGACAACUACGACGUAUUCGAACCUGGAUCAUUUUCCUAGUGCUUGUCCUUCUGAUCCUUUGGUUCCGCCGUGAACCGGCACCGCCGCCGCCAGUUUCGCACCUCGAUUAUGAUACAGUAGAUUGGUCGCGCUACGCGUAUAGCCAAUAUGCGACAUCGAGCGCAUAUCUCUGCAAUGCCGUGAUGGUAUUCGAGGCACUGGAUCGUCUGGGCAGUCGAGCUGAAAGGGUCCUUUUUUAUCCAGAAGGUUGGGAUUUGUACGUCUCCGAUAACCGGGACAGAGAUAGUCAACUAUUGCAGCUCGCCAAGGAGAAGUACAAGGUGGUCCUGGUGCCGAUUGACCCGAGUAUCAUUAAACCGGGAGAAGGUUCAGGCGAAUCCUGGGACAAGAGCAUCACGAAAUUACUUGCUUUUGGCGAGACAGAAUACGACCGCUUGAUCCAUCUUGACUCCGACGUAACGGUACUUCAGGAAAUGGACGAGCUUUUCUUCCUUCCUCCGACAAAAGCGGCGAUGCCGCGGGCCUACUGGACACUUCCUGAGACAAAACAGCUAUCGUCCUUGCUGGUCGUAAUUGAGCCUUCUUACCGAGAGUUCACUGCUCUGAUGGAAAGGGCGCAACCAGCUCUCUACGGUCAGGUGGAUACCAGCCUUGACAACGAUACUCAGCGGUAUGAUAUGGAGCUUUUGAACAGCCGAUAUGGCGAUUCGGCCCUUGUGCUUCCGCAUCGGCAGUACGGGUUGAUCACCGGGGAAUUCCGAAAGAAAGAUCACAGAUACUUUCUCGGAAACGAUUACGAGACCUGGGACCCCGACAAAGUCUUGGCCGAAGCCAAACUUGUACACUUUUCAGACUGGCCGCUACCUAAGCCUUGGGUUAUGUGGCCGCAAAAACUGCUGGCUGAAUUAUUGCCAAAGUGUGAUUUUAAGCCCGGCACGUCCCAGGAGAAGGGGUGUCGGGACCGGGAGGUUUGGAAAUCACUUUACCAAGAUUUCCGUCAGAGACGAAAGGUUUCUAAUCCCACAUCGGCAUUGACGAAAAGAGAGCUCCUGCUAACACUUGGUCUUCUGGGCAACUCGUCCUACAGAGCAUCACACAGCAUGAUCAUUGACUUUGAAGUCGAUAUCACUGCGCUGCAUGGCAAUUAG